GUGUAAGACAGGAGGACAAGCAGAGCAGGGGGCAGGACGAGCGUGAAACAAACCCCUCUGACAGAUCAGCAAAGAGGACUUGCGGCCUGAGUGAGGAUCCCUCCCAUCUGGGAACCGGUGGGCAUGUGACACCACCCCCUCCACCGGCUCCAUCCCUCCCUCCCUCCUCGCUUUCACCAAAUCCGACCAAUCAGCUCCCAGGGAGAGACAGUCACAUGACAAUCCCCCCAGUCUUGGUUACCAUGGCAGCGAGCACUGGUCCAGGCAGCAUCUUGCUGUGGUGAGAAGAGAGGGGGAGAAGGCGGGAGGAGAGACAGAGGGAGAGAGACCGGGGAGAAAAUAGAAAGAGAACAAAUCUUAGGCAGAGGAAUACCUUGUGGAGUGCCGGGUCGUGCCAGUCUCCCCUCUGAACAAGUGAAGAUGUCUGAAGCCGGGAGUUAAAGCCCACCACCUGAGAGAGCGUCAUCCAGGGCUGGGGCUGGACCCACAGACCCCUUCCCUGGGGGGCUGAGGGGCCCUCACAGCCCUCUGUGAGGCUGGACCAUGGGGGAUGGAGGCGUCGGUGCAACUGGAGGAAAUGUGGUGAACAGGUCCCACGUCCUGUUCGACAACUUCGUCCAGGCCAGCACGUGUAAGGGCACGCUCAAGGCCUUCCAGGAGCUGUGUGACCACCUGGAGGUAAAGCCCACUGAGUCCAGGAUCUUCUACCACAAGCUCAAGUCCAAACUCAACUACUGGAAGGCCAAGGCGCUGUGGGCCAAAUUGGACAAGAGGGCGAGCCAGAAAGAGUACAAGAAGGGCCGUGCCUGUGCCAACUCAAAGUGUCUGAUCAUCGGUGCAGGACCAUGCGGCCUACGUACGGCCAUCGAGCUGGCCUUCCUGGGGGCCAAAGUGGUGCUGCUGGAGAAAAGAGAUGCCUUCUCCAGGAACAAUGUGCUGCACCUCUGGCCCUUCAGCAUCCACGACCUCAGGGGCCUCGGGGCCAAGAAGUUCUACGGGAAAUUCUGUGCUGGUGCUAUCGACCAUAUCAGUAUUCGGCAACUUCAGCUCAUGCUGCUCAAAGUGUCUCUCCUGCUGGGCAUUGAAAUCCAUGUCAAUGUUGAGUUCAAGGGUUUGAUUGAGCCCCCCGAGGAUCAAGACACUGAAAGAAUAGGUUGGAGGGCUGAGGUCCACCCCAGGACACACCCUGUCAACGAGCUGGAGUUUGAUGUCAUCAUCGGAGCAGAUGGAAGGAGGAACACGCUACCAGGGUUUCGGCGUAAGGAGUUCAGGGGCAAGCUUGCCAUCGCCAUCACUGCUAACUUCAUCAACAGGCACACGACGGCGGAGGCCAGUGUGGAGGAGAUCAGCGGGGUGGCCUUCAUCUUCAACCAGAAGUUCUUUCAAGACCUCAGAGAAGCAACAGGUAUUGACCUGGAAAACAUCGUCUACUACAAAGAUGACACGCACUACUUUGUGAUGACUGCCAAAAAACAGAGCCUGCUGGAGAAAGGAGUCAUUCUGCAUGACUAUGCAGACACAGAGAUGCUGCUGUCCCGGGCUAACGUGGACCAGGCUGCCUUGCUGUCUUACGCUCGUGAGGCUGCUGAUUUCUCCACCAACCAGCAGCUGCCCACCCUGGAUUUCGCCAUCAACCACUACGGCCAGCCCGACGUAGCCAUGUUCGACUUCACCUGCAUGUAUGCCUCAGAGAACGCAGCCAUGGUGCGCCAGCGCAACGGCCACAAUCUGCUGGUGGCUCUUGUGGGGGACAGUCUGUUAGAGCCCUUCUGGCCCAUGGGCACUGGCAUUGCGCGAGGAUUCCUGGCCGCCAUGGACUCUGGCUGGAUGGUGAAGAGCUGGGCUCAGGGAAAAACCACUCUUGAGGUUCUGGCUGAGAGGGAGAGCAUCUACCGCCUACUGCCCCAAACCACGCCGGAAAACGUCAGUAAGAACUUCAGUCAUUACAGCGUGGAUCCAAUCACACGUUACCCCAACAUCAGCCUUAACUUCCUCAAGCCCAGCCAGGUGAGGCAUCUCUGUGACACGGGGGAACCCAGGGAGAUGCGCAUCGAAAUUGAGAAUGUGAUCAACUCCUCCACGCCCAAGCUGGCUAGGAAUGAAUCCAUCGCUCGAUCCAGUAAGCUGCUGAACUGGUGCCAGAGACAGACGGAGGGGUACAGGAAUGUGAAAGUAACAGACCUCACGAUGUCCUGGAAGAGUGGCCUGGCUCUUUGCGCCCUCAUCCACAGAUACAGGCCUGAUCUCAUUGACUUUGAAUCCCUGGAGGAGCAGGACCAGAUGAAGAACAACCAGUUGGGUUUUGACGUGGCGGAGCGGGAAUUUGGCAUCUCGCCUUGCAUGACUGGCAAAGAAAUGUCCUCUGUGGUGGAGCCAGACAAGCUCUCCAUGGUCAUGUACCUCAGCCAGUUCUAUGAGAUGUUUAAGGACACAGUGCCACCUGGAGAUAACCAGAACAUGAGUCCUGAGGAGAAGGCAGCUCUGAUAUCCAGCACCAAGUCCCCCAUCUCCUUCCUCAGCAAGCUUGGUCAGAGCAUUGCAAUUUCCAGGAAGCGAAACCCCAAGGACAAAAAGGAGAAGGAUCUUGACAGUUUGGGGAAGAGAAGAAAAACAAGCCAGACUGAAGAGGAGGAGGUAUCCAGGAGCGGCCGUGACGACAGGACAGCUGUCAUGACGGAGAGGAAAAUGGACUCCUGUGCUGCAGGGAACCACAACAAAGUGAAGGUCAUGGCCACCCAGCUGCUCGCCAAGUUUGAGGAGAACGCUCCGCAGCCUUCAGGACUCAAGAGACAGGCCAGACUCGGUGCAGACCAUCUGUCCGGCUCGGGCUCUCGGAGCUGCCCAAAGAAAACCAUUCUGCUCCCUUCUUCCUCCUCCACCUCCUCGCUCUGUCUGCAGUCAGAGGGCUCCCUCAGAAAAGAGUUCCCUGUAAACAUUGGCGGCAGCGACGUGUGCUUCUUCUGUCGAAAGCGUGUGUACGUGAUGGAAAGGCUGAGUGCCGAGGGAAAGUUCUUCCAUCGCAGCUGCUUCAAGUGCGACUACUGCAACACCACACUGCGACUGUCGUCCUACGCCUUUGAUGUGGAGGAUGGGAAGUUUUACUGCAAGCCCCACUACUGUUACCGUCUGUCUGGCUAUGCUCAGAGGAAGAGGCCUGCUCCCUCCCCUGCUCCCAUCACAGCUAAGGAGAACCAGGUGCCCAGGACUCCCACAGCGACCGUAGAUGCCCCAGGCAGGGCGAUGGCAGCCGCAGCCCCCUCGGCCGAGCUCCAGCCCUCAGUACCUGAGGUCAACGGCCUGCAGGAGCCCAACCUGGCCAAACGUCUGCGGGGAACCCCGGAGCGUAUCGAGCUGGAGAACUACCGCCUAUCCAUGCAGAGGGAGGAGGAGCUGGAGGAGGUGCCGGAGGAGACGCUGGCAGAACACAACCUCAGCAGUGUGCUUGACAAGGCCACGGACGCCGACCUAGGCUCCAGCAGCUCAGAGUCAGACAUGGAGGAGGAGGACGAACAUGAGGACCAGGAUCAUGAUCAGUAUCAUGAUCACUAUCAUGAUCAGGAGGAGGCGGAGGCGGAGGCAGAGGCGGAGGUGGAGCAUCAUCCUACCAGCCCAUCGGACCUCGGUGGUGUCCCCUGGAAGGAGGCUGUGGAGCUCCACGCCAAACUGAGGGGCGAGGAGGGGGAUGACGAUGCUCUUUGCGACACGGCCAGCAGGGACGGGGAGUUAGACGGGGAGGAGGAAGAGGAGGAAGAUGAGGAUGAAGAAGAGGAAGAGGAGUCGAGUGAUGCCCCCGCCCACACAUCCGCCCGACACGAGGCAGUGCGAGUCUGGUUGGAGUCCUUGUCUGGAGAGCCCUGCGAGGAUGAAGAUCUGGAGGAUUUGGAGGCAGAGGCAGACAGCCCGGACAUGGAGCCCGGCACAGAGAUGGAUCAGGAUGACAUCCCCUCAGAUGCUGAAGCUGAGGCUCGUCUGCAUCAGUCAGAGCGCGCUCAAGUUCCUCCUGAAGAUGACCGGAGAUCAGACAGUAUGAGGAUGACCUCCAGUGUCGAACCAUCCAGCGUCAGCCGCACGACAAAGGAGCAUGUUCUUCUUUCUCCAGUUAAACCGUCUGCAGAGCCUGAAGCUCAGACAUUUUCCGUGAAGUCUCCUGGCACCAGCUUUUUCCCCGAACCGUUUUUACCUGAGGAUUUAAAGCCUGAGAGGACGACUCCUUCUCCUGCUGCUAAGAGCAAUCUGUGCCCUUCACCUUCACCAGGCCUCUAUCCUUCCUCUCUGCCUUCACCUGUUCAAGUCCAGAACACUCCCUCCCUUCCUUCGCCUGUCCCAGUCCUCUCUCCUUCCUCUCUCCAUUCACCUGUCACAGUCCAGAAUCCUUCCUCUAUACCUUCACCUGUUCCAGUUCAGAAUCUGUCCCCUGUCCUGGCUCCUGCUUCUCCUUCCUCUCCUUUACCCAUUUCAGCCCCCAAAUCACCAGUUAGCUCUCCAGUCCAGCCUGCAGUAGAAUCACCUGUGAGGUCCCCCAUCAGAUCGCCUCCCAAAUCCCCUGUUGGCUCCCCAAUCCGCUCUCAGCCCACUUCCCUCCCAGAGACUCGCACACCUAAGUCUCCAGUCUACCCUCAACGCUCCAUCUGCCCUCUGACAGGAAAUCCCCUCUCCCCCAUCUGUGCCCAGCCUUUGCCCUGCCAGGAGCCCUCGUCACCCCUCACCUCUGACUCCCCCGUCAGGACUCAGCCCGUCCCUGCCGUCACCUCCACGCCCAUGAACAAAACAGACAAGAACACAUCUGAAUCAUCCAAGAGUUCAGAAUCCUUAUCUGAGGAAACUCCGUCUAAAAAGACGGAUUUGAUCGAGGAGUUCUGGUUAAAGAGCGCUGAAAUCAGGAAGAGCCUCGGCCUGACUCCUCUGGACCGCAGCAGUAAAAUACUAGAGAAUAGUGUCGUUGAGGUUCCAUCACAGGACGUCACCCCUGCAAAGCCGCAGCCUGCAGAGGUGUCCGAGGAGCAGAAACCCGCCCUUACCGGGCGCGCAGUGAUUCGCAGACUCAACAUCACUCUGGAGGGUCAGGUCAUUGCCCCCGUCGCUCCUGUCGAACUGAAGAGUAACGGCUCCGAUAAGAGGGACCUCAGCAGCAGCUCUGGCCUCGGGUUAAACGGGAGCAUGGUCACAAGCCAGACAGUCAACAGUGACAGCUACAACACGUCAGACUCAGCCAUGCUCACCCCGCCCUCCAGCCCUCCACCGCCUGUGCCUGCCAAUCAGUCUCCAGCCGUGCUGCGGCAGCAGAGGCACCAGGUCUCCUGGAGAAACGGGACAGACAAACCUCCACCGGAGCGUGCCAAAGAGCCAGAGAAAACCAAGAGUCCUGUUCCUGCGCCAAGGACCCAACCGAGCCCAGUGUCUGCACCCAAACCUGCACCCAGGAAACUCCCCUCACCUCAGACAGAACAAAAAACAGAACCAGAACCAGAACCAGCUCCAGUGGUCGUCAUGAGGGAGAAGAAGCCUCGGAAGGAAGAGUUCAGGAAAUCGUUUGUGGAGACGGUGGAGGAGAUCCCAUUUGCUGAUGACGUGGAGGAGACCUACGAUGAGCGGACACCAGAAACCAGCAUGAACAAGUACUACACUCCCCCCACCAGUAAAUCCAGCAGGGACAGACCUCCUUUACAUCUUGCUCUGGCUAUGGAAAACGGCAAACCUAACAUCCCGGCUAACCCCGCCUCCAAGUCACAGAGGGCGACUCAGUUCUCUCCAGAGGCCAAAGAGAUCGCUGAGGAGAGGAUGAGGGCCAGAGAGAAGUCCAUCAAGAGCCAGGCUCUGAAGGAUGCCAUGGCCAAGCAGCUAAACAAAAUGAAAGAACCAGACUCAGAAAAGGGGGCCUCGCCUAAGGUGGGCUGGACUGCUGCCCCAGACGCUUCUAAAAAAAGCAAAAAGGCAGCUGUAUCCCCAAAGACGUCAGCCGUGAAAGCCCUGGAGACGAAGAAGGCGGAGACUAUACCUGAGCGAUUCUUCAGCAGCAACAAGAGUCUGGACAGCUCGGUGGCUUCGUCAGACGGCUCGUCCUCCGGCAAGAGCAAGAAACGCAGUUCCCUUUUCUCCCCACGCAAGAAUAAAAAAGAGAAGAAAGCCAAGAACGACAGCAGCAGGCUCUCUGGGGCGGAGGAAACGCCCCCGAAACACAAGUCGCUGUGGAAGGCCGUCUUCUCAGGUUACAAAAAGGACAAAAAGAAGAAGGAGGAUAAAUCAUGUCCAAGCACGCCGUCAUCGAGCUCAACCACACAGGACUCUGGGAAAAAGAGGAUGUCACCUCCAGGGAAAUCAUCAGACUUGAAAUCUCGCAGAAACUUGAGCUUCUCAGAGGACUCGGACCUGUCCUGUGACGACGUUCUGGAGAGAUCGUCCCAGAAGUCAAAGGCAGAUCUGCACACGGACAUCUUUGACCUAGUGUCAGGCAUUCAGAAGGAGGCCAUAAAGGAGGAGAAACUGGAGAAGGAGAAAAGGAGGGAGUUGAAGGAGAGAAAGAGGGUGAAAGAGAAGCAGAAAGAAAGAGUGUGGGAGAAAGAGGUUGUCCGGGAGAAGGAGAAGGACGAUGAGGAGUCUGUUUAUGUCCCUCACGCACUGGCGUUCAAGAGAUCGUACGCCACAAAGAAAACCUACACCGAGGAAGAGCUGAACGCCAAACUGACACGUCGGGUACAGAAGGCUGCACGACGGCAAGCGAAGCAGGAGGAGCUGAAGAGACUGCACAGAGCUCAGAUCAUCCAGAGACAGUUGGAGCAGGUGGAGGAGAAGCAGCGGCAGCUGGAGGAGCGGGGCGUCGCUGUGGAGAAAGCACUGAGAGGAGAAGCAGGCAUGGGCAAGAAGGACGAUCCCAAGCUGAUGCAAGAGUGGUUCAAGCUGGUGCAGGAGAAAAAUGCGCUGGUCCGCUACGAGUCAGAACUCAUGAUAUUUGCCAGAGAGCUGGAGCUGGAGGACCGACAGAGUCGUCUGCAGCAGGAACUCAGGGAGCGGAUGGCUGUGGAAGACAACCUGAAGACAGAGAAGGAGCUCGGUCAGGAGAAGCAGAUCUUGAACGAGAUGUUGGAGGUAGUGGAGCAGCGGGACGCCCUGGUCGCUCUCUUGGAGGAGCAGAGACUUCGGGAGAAGGAGGAGGAUAAGGACCUUGAGUCUGUCAUGCUCUCUAAAGGCUUCGACCUCAACUGGGCUUAAGCAAAGUGACACGUUUGCUACAAAGUCCUGGGAAAUGAACUGACUCAUGGUCACAUAGAUCAGAAGAAUCUGCUGAACACCUGCAGCAGUGAAUGUGUAAAGAUUCCCCCAACACACACACACACAUACACACAAGAACACUACGACUGUAUCUGACACUAAAACAGUCUUCAACGUUUACAUAUCCUCUGCUCAAAGGCAGUCCUAGUUAAUCACUUUGCAGUUUUUCUUGCUCUUUCUCUCCGAGGACGGAGAUGCAAGUACAUUCACAGCUUUAUCAUCCCAGCCUCUCAGACGAGAGAGGCAAGGGUCCUGGGAGAAUGUGUAAAGACAUAUUUCAUUCUCGAUUGUCUAAAGGGAAGAAUGCAGUUCAGUCCUGCUGAUGUAAAGGAAUUGUAAAGAAUUGUGUUUUUGUGUAUAGUUGUGUAGAAUAAGUCACAUAUUCAGAGGACGAGGGUUCUCUCUUCCCCCUGCAAAGGACUGCUUCAGAGGUGUGUUGAAGAAGUGGAGCGAUGUCUCAAUCUCCUUUUCAGUCAGACUGCAGGAUGAACAUCCUCUGCUGAAGCUGCCUUUCUAUCAGUGACGCGCUAACUUCUGCAGCCUCAUGAACAGCAAAGACAAGUCUCCGUUAUUCCCCUCACAGUGUUUAGUGAGUCAACACUAAGAAUACAAUAAAGAUGGCCAUGUUUUUUAUGUAUUUAUUAUCUUUGUUUGCUUUUAACAGAUUUUCGAUUUGUUUUGCAUUCACAGGAGAGUGCCCACAAUAUCAUUGUCUUGCACUUGUGCAUGUUUCCCAUGCACCCACAAGCCAUUGUGUGUCAGGAAUGAAGGCUGCAGGCAAAAAGAAAAGCUUAACCUUGUCUUUUAUGGCUCAGACUUCCAAUGCAGACGAUAGUAUAUAUGAACACUUUAGUAUUUCACAUGGAUAAUGAGGGGGCUCUCCUUGACAUGCCAUUCGCUGUACAUCGAUCACACUGACAGUUUACACAGAUUUGUCCAUAUACAAUACUGAGAUUCAUGUUUUUUACCAUGGAGAGCAGCAGCCAGGUAAACUGUCUCUGAAUACAGAUGGGAUUUAACGAUAUUAAAGCCGAUUUCACUGUUUUAUCGGGAAAUCAGCGCAGCUCACAUGACACAUCUGUGCCACAGGACUGUCUCUAUUGGUAGAUAUUCUGCAGUAUCAGAGGGAAGCACCACAGAGACCUCCACACUACACAACACUUCUAUCAGUAAACAGCAGUGUUAACACUUUACCCUUGAACAAGAUGCCUUUUUCAUUUUCGUUUCUUAAGUUAUAGUUCAUUUUCUGAGCUGAGUCGUUUUUGAGGUAGUCAUAUCUGUGUGUCCCACUGGAACCUGAGAUUUUUACUCUUUUUCUUCAAAUACUUCGAUACAGCCGGCCCCCUGACAAACGACAGACGAAUUGAAAUGAGGCACUGAAUGGAUGCAAAGUGCUCAAACAAGAUCAUGUAUCUGUCAGGGAGUCGAUUCACAGCCUUUGGGACGACUGUAGAAUCCAAAUGGUCACUGUUUUCCAGCGCAGACACCAGAGGUUAUACUUCUGACUUGGUAUGAGCUGUGAAUAUAAAAAGUUACAUAAUUUUAAGGGUUGUUGUUUUAGUUGGUGUGAGAUAAGUUUGACAUGAUUGUAUUGAUAUUUAUUAACAUGUGUGCAAACUGUAUUAUAUGUAAAGAAAAUGAAUCCUAAUUUUUAAACUGUUCUGUUCACACAUGACGUGUAAUGUAAAUGCUUCAUGUAGCUGAAAUGCAUAGGGGUGUUGGAUGUAUGCUGAAACGGCAAUAAAACAAUGCAGUUGUUCUUUUAA